AACUCGACAAUUUCAAUAAUGGCCACGACCUCGUCUACCCCACAAACAUCUGUUUCUCCCAGUCCUUCCUUCGCUGAAAAGUCGACGGCACCAGUCUCCUACGUGUUCCAGGCUAAAGUCGAUACAAGACUUCCCGAAGUUGUUGGUGGUAAAGGCUCCAGAUUCACCGUUAAGGAUCCCGCAACCCACGAGACAAGAGAAAUCUUGGAUGGAAUGACGGGAGCUGCCGUGGGUGCGUUGGGAUGGGGUGAUGAAGAUGUAGUAGACUUUAUCACCAAGGCUGCUAAGAACACCACCUAUCAAUUUCCUGCUGUGAUCGGUAACCGACCAGCGGAAGAAUUGGCUGAAUACUACAUCAAAAGAUCUCCCCCGGGAACCUUUGCUGCUGCUACUUGGACCACAUCGGGAUCUGAAUCCAACGAACUCGCUUUAAAGACCAUCAGACAAUAUUGGUUGGAAAGAGGAAAGCCUCAAAAAAUCAAAAACUUAUCGAGAUACACCUCUUACCACGGCUACUCUCUUGGAUGCUUGUCUCUUGGUAACAACAACCGUGCUUUCCCUUUCAAGGAUAUUUUGCACCCAGAUACUCAAUUUGUUAAAUUACCUGAAUUCUAUCCUUAUCACUACCAAAAGGAAGGCGAGACUUUAGAAGAGUACUCAGAAAGACUUUUGAAACAAUACGAAGAUAUAAUCUUGAAAGAAGACCCGGAAACCAUCGCUUCCAUGACGGUUGAAACCAUAAGUGGCACUUCGAUAGGAACCCCAGUCCCCACCAAGACUUACAUGUAUGGCUUGAGAAAGUUAUGCACAAAGUACGACAUUCUUUUCCACUUGGACGAAGUAAUGUGUGGAACCGGCCGUAUCAACAGCGGAGGUCUUAACUGCUGGGAGAACUUUUUGCCAUUGAAUGAAGGUCCAGACCUUCAAACGGUUGGUAAGACCUUGGGCUCCGGGUAUGUCACCAUUGCUGGACUUUUGGUGUCUUCCAAGAUCAGAGAUGAAUAUGUCAAAGGUUCCAAUGUAAUUGUAGGGUCACUGACAUACGCAUCCAACGCGUUCAACUGUUAUGUGGCUUUGGAGAUUCAAAAGAAGAUUGAAGAGCUCAACUUAACCAAGAACAUGUUUGAACAAGGAAAUUACUUGGGUGCUCAGUUGAAGGAGAAGUUAGCCUCCAGCAAAAUCGCCGGUGAGGUGAGAGGCUUGGGGGGAUUCUGGACGGUUGAAAUCGUCAAAAAUAAGGCUACUCGUGAGCCUUUUGCCAGACUGUUGCUGAUCUAUAAUAUGACCAAGAAUGCUUGUUUUGAAAAUGGAUUGAGUGUAGUGGGAUCCAAUGACUGUAUCCGUGACGUGGGCGGAGACUUUAUCAUGUUUGCUCCACAUUUCACCCUCACCAAAGAAGAAGCCGAUGAAAUGGUUAAGAUCACGGUCGAAUCGAUCAAGCAAGUGGAGGAGCAGUUGGAGACCCUGGGCCAUCUUUAGUAGACUAUGUAAGUAUAUUUGUACUGAGUGAAGUGAAAUGAGUGAAUAGAUAAGAGAUAAUUACAAG